GAAGUAACUUUCCUGGGAUUUGGGGAUGUAAAGGACCUGCGGAUUCCUCUCUUCUCUUUAUUUCUUCUGAUCUAUGUCUACACGAUGGCUGGCAACAUCCUCAUCAUUGUCCUAGUAAUUUCUGAACCACAGCUUCAUACCCCCAUGUACUUCUUCUUAUGCAACUUGUCCUGCUUGGAUAGCUGCACAGUUUGCACCAUCCUCCCAAAGAUGCUUGCUUCCUUCCUGACUGGGGAUGGAAAUAUAUCACUAUGGGGCUGUAUUGCUCAGUUUUACUCUUUUGCUUCCCUAACCGCUACACAAUGUUACCUCUUAGUGAUGAUGUCUUAUGAUCGAUAUUUAGCCAUCUGCAAACCUCUGCACUAUGUCUCUAUUAUGAACACUAAGCUAUGCAUUCGUCUGGCAGCUGGCUCUUGGAUCAAUGGAUUCAUAGAGAUGUCAGUAUUUGUCAUAUUGAUAUCACAUUUAGUAUUCUGUGGCCCCAAGGAUAUUGACCAUUUCUUCUGUGAAAUAACCCAAAUUGUGAAACUUUCUUGCAGUGAAACAAAGACCAUCGAGCUUAUGCUUACUGUGUUUUCAUCCAUCUUUACCCUGCCACCAUUUAUAGUAACUGUGGCAUCCUACAUAUAUAUCAUCAAGAACAUCAUGAGAAUCCCAUCCACCACUGGGAAGAAAAAGGCUUUCUCCACUUGUUCUUCUCAUCUUAUUGUAGUUUCAAUUUUCUAUGGGACCCUGGUACUUGUUUAUGUGGUUCCGAAGACUGAGAAGUUGAGAGCACUAAACAAAAUCUUUGCUGUCUUUUAUACUGUUUUGACUCCACUGCUCAAUCCAAUGAUAUAUAGCUUGAGAAACCGAGAGAUGAAGGAAGCCCUCAGAAAGUUUCUGAAGAAAUGUGUCUAG